AUGGACAUUGGGGACGGCCGCCUGGACGCGCUCGUGCUCAAGCUGCGCCACCCGCUCGCCAAGAUCCGCUCUCGUGCGCUGCGCAGUCUCCUCUUCAAGCUGCGAGAGCGUCUAGUGCAGUGGCAGGAGCUGGAGCCGCUGCAGACGUCGCUCGUCCCGAGUCUCCUGGCGUGUCUGGAGCCGCCGCUGGAGCUUGACGCACUGCACGUGCUGCAGCUGAUGAUGCAGAGCGAGUCGGACGUGUUUCUGUCGAGCUUGCACCAUUUUGGAGCGGCGCAGAAGCUCCAACGAGCAGCUCAGGCGACUCCCGCACUACAGGCGACGUACGAGAAGUUGUUGCGACAGAUUUACGCCUUCAAGGCGGUGCUGAAGGACGACAAGAAAGAAGUUGGUAGCCGGGCGGACGAUGAAGGCAGGCACGUUGAAGACGGGCACGUUGCUGCUUCGUUGAGAAUGUCGGAGACUAUGAAGGUGCCGCCUGAGGUACGGAGAGAUCUGAGAGUGGACAAAUUGGAAGCGCUAGGAUGGAGGUUUGCGCCGGUGGCGCUGCUGUCAGUAGAUGAGCAGCAUCUGUUUGAGUUCGAGGUGAAACUUCAGCUCAAGACAAACGUACACGACAUUGUGAAGGCGUGUGCGACGUUUCGGAAUAAGUUGUUGCGAAACUUUCCUGCUGAAGUGUUUUUACAGAGACCAACUGUGCUGCAGUACUUGCUGCAUCUUGUGCAGCAGCCGAUAUUGCCGGAUCGGCCGGGUAUGACUCGUAAACAAGGUGAGGGUGUCGACGUUGCGAUGGAGAAAGCGAUGAGUGUGUCGAUGGGAGUGAACUACUUCGAUGACACGUUGAAUGCGACGUUUUCGAACACACAAGGAAACGUAGCGGGUGCCGUGGUGAUGGCAAGUCUCAAAGCGAUCGAGUCGCUUUUGUACGCGCUGCAACGCACACGGAGAGUAUGUCUUGAUCCGGCGUACAUUGUACACUCGCCUACGGUCCAUGUACAGUUGUUCGACUCGUAUGACACGCGACGGGUAUUGUAUCCGCGUGCAAGGGUGGGAAUCGAUGAAGGCGCAGUUAAGCAAAGAGUCGGUGAUAGUGCCAAUCAACUUACGCAGUACUCUUUAAGUGGGGCAGCUUAUAGGAUAUUCAUGAGUGUGCUGCCGCUGCUGCGCUCAGCAAGACACCCGCGGCAGCACUUUUUGAACCUUCUCAUCGUGGCAAUACCAGACUUACCCGAAAGAAGCCGAUUGGAUGUCCCAGAAUCAGGCACACUGAAGCUAAACAAGUUGCGGCUUGAGUGCAUUUUUGGGGUGAUCUGCGUCAUCUGCCGACCUUUACCACCGGAGCAUACAUGUGACAGCAUGACAGGCAAUGAGCUCGAGUUUACGCACUCAAUGACGUGGAAACUAGUGGAGCUCGUCCUUCGGCUGCUCCGGUUAUUUCCGCCGUCCAAGUACUGCGUCAAAAUAGCUAGUGGUAAAGGUGAAGGUUGCGUCUCUGCUGAGGACAAUCGUGGUAUAAUCAUUCCACGACAGCUGUGGGAGACUGUGAAGUCAUGGAUUGCUCACCCAGCCUUCCUUGAUGUAUCUGCAAGGGAGUGGAAAGACGACUCACUCAUUCAAAAUCUCUCACAGAUUGACCCCGCGAUCCCUGCAUUCAUUAGUCUAAAGCAAUCAUCUUUACAUGAUACAACUUCAAUCCUCGCUUUUGUUGAGUUCGCGAAGGUAAAUCGUGAGCAGUCAGCAAACGUUAGCUCUACGGAGGAGCCAGUCACGGCGACUCUGCAAGUUGCAAGGAAAGUCAUUCAAGCCAGGUGCAUCUUUGAUGAUUCAGACACUGAAAUUAUCGCAUACGCUGUGCUGGACACGAUCUGGUCAGCCUUGGCUAACGACGGAGCGGACAAGACGGGUACAAUCAGCGCAAGUGACAUGGAAUGCAUCCGCUUCAUCCUUUGUGAUUUGUUGAGUGCAUCGGGUGAGUUGGAGACAUCGGGGAUGGACAACUCGAUGGCUGUCCAUUUUUUUCGAGGUUUCUCGGAUCUUCUGGAUGAGCUGAAUAACGGUACAAGCGGUGUAUCAGCUGAUCGCUGGCACCAAUUUGCUACCCAUGUGUUAUGUGAACCUAACUUCCUCGCGCUCUUGAUGUUAGUUUUCGCAAGAAGUGAUGCUGAUUCUAGCGACAAGACAAAUAGCGUGGCAUUGUGGAGAAUUUUACGAGCAGCUUUGGCGCAACUCGUAAAUGCUUCUAGCGACGAGCUAAGACCGCUCCAAUCUGUGAUCCCUUUGAUGCAACACUUCGCAUAUAUGGAACUGCCGGGAGAAUCUUGUCGAGAGCAACGCUUGACUCAACCACAACUCGUGAAGGUCUUGAAUCGAGUGGAAAGCGUCGUACCCGAUCACACGAGGAUGCUUGUGUUUUGCCGCUGCUUACUCCAUAAGUCGUCAUACGUUCGCAGAGCAGCUUCCUCUAGAGUCAUCCGAUUGUUGUCUCUUGUGACUUCGUCGGAUGCCGAUCAUACCUCAACCGACAAAGCAAUGUGUGAAGACCCGUUCGGAUGCGCGGUCACUUCUGACGGCAAAACGAUAAACUUUGAAGCAACACUGAUGGAGACUCCUUUGCCUGUUGUUCGAGCAAGUGAGUGUCGACCUCACGGAAGCGAGUUGUCGUCACAGCUAAGGAAGUUAGCUCACCUGUGUAAAGUGAUUUUGGGUACACCGUCGGCGUUUGAGACUAUGAGAGAGGCGGCACUCAAAGAGUUGGUGAUGUUUAUCGAGCAGUCAUCGGUGGAGUUGUUCACGCUACUUGAGGAGCUGGACAAGUUGUCAGACCUACUUGAUCUGCUUCGUUCUUUCCUUCAGACGGACGGUAAUCGACAUCACACGUCAAUGGUUCAUCAAACUCUUAUCUUGCUCAGGACGCUGUUGUUUCGUAGCCCAUUACUACGCGCAGCAGUGCGACAUGAUAGCAGUACGACCGAGGUUUUGAUGUCGCUGAUAUUCCACACCUCCGUCUCGGUUCGGGCGCAGAUGUACUACAUUGUUCUCUUGCUCCUGUGCUCAGCUGAGAAUUUUGUAAUGACCGUUGUGUUACCAGAUUCAUUAAGUAAAAUUGAGCCUGGACUCAGUGGUGAAGCAAACGUCCCCGAGAUGAUUAAACCAACAUUUGGAUUGUAUUCCGAUCGCUGGGCGCGAUGCCAUGUUGUUACUUGCUCGCUGAAACAGCAAUUGGAGGCAAGCUGUGCACAGGUAAUCAAGCGGCCAGAAUCUUUGUGGCUGCAGGACGUAAAAACCCUUAUCAGUCAAGCUUCAUUCCAAAGUGAUGAAUACGGCGUAAAGCGCGGCAUGAGCGGCGAAAACGUGCUUGCCUUGUUAGGGGCAGAGUAUUCCUUCGUAACCCGGAGACUCCGAGAUGCAUCGUCCCACGGAAAGUGCCUGAAUGCACUUUACUACUUGAUGAUGAUGUGCGAGUCAUGGUCUUUCGCACGCGAACGCUUUGUCAAAGAAUGGGAGAUGGAAUUCGAACGGUAUUUCGCGGUACCUCCGAAGAGUGAACGAGACGAGAUGAUAAUUGGCUCGCUCAUGGCCACUCUUAGUACGAUGUUCUUUGCGAUGACUAGAGGGGUGCAGUUGCGUGCUCUUGUUGUGGUAAAGCGAAAGGUUCUUCCGCUGCUGAAAACGUCUCAAAGUAAGUUAUUUUCCCUGCAGACUGCACGGUUUUUGCUCACUGUAAGUGAAUCGAAGGUUGGUGAUCUGUUUGUGUCCUUGGCUGCUGAUACGGACAUUAUUGCGACGAUAUGCACGAAGUACUCUACAACCUAUUCGACAGAGCCCAUACUGCACAGUCUGAUGUUGGAGGUACUGUUACGAUUCGCCAAACGUAUGGGCGAAAAUGCAGACACUCGUUUGUCACCACCCUCGCGCGAUAAAAUUAGCAAGCGUUUGCUGGAGAUGCUGUCACCGUUGCUCACAGUUGUAUGUCGUCACCGCGUUCCUGGCUCCUUCCUCGAACGGGACGUUUUCACUGUUGCGUCUCAGUGUAUCGCAAGUAUUUUGCUACUACUUCCGCGUAAUUCCCUUCUGGUAAGAGAUUGUCAUCUGGAGCACACCGACAGCAGCAUUCUUCUCGAUGGUAGUUGGGCGUCUCGUUUUCUCUUCGACCACGUCUCGCCGGUUCGAGAGCUCGGUUUCCUCGUCCUCGAGCACACCUUAUCGUCUGACAUUUCUACGACUCGUUCGCUAAAGCAGGCUUUUGAAGCAUCUACCGACGACACCGAGGCAGAUGCUGUCCGUGCAGCAGCAUGUGCGGCUUUGACUAAAGCGAUUACUCGGUACCUCGUGCGUCCAUCUGACGAACAAGUGGGAUUGCCAGAGAUUCCUAAAGGGAGCGCAUUCUCGGGGAAGACUCUACGCUCACUUUCGCACAUGUUGAAAAGCAACAAAUUAUGUGCUCGUGCUUGUAGCGCAUUUGCACGGCUGGUGCGACUGCUUUACGUACACCGAAACAGCUUGGCAUUGAUUCUUGGGGAUAUGCAGAAAGAGUUGCAAGCGGCUGAAGAAGGGUACGGGGUGUAUUUACUAUUGGUGCAGGCGCUGUCCCUCCACAAAUGGAAGGACAAGUGCGAUCGUUUCUGUUCAUCAUGUAUGCUCCUACACAAUUGUGAUGGCGACACAUGGAGACGGUCGUUGCUUCCAGCCGUUUUGGACUUGAUGUCUGAAGUGCUGAAUCUCUUCCAGGCUGUCUGCCGUGAUACUGGUUUCGAUCGCGUGGCUUCUCUCCUCAUGCACACGGAUAUACAGAUUCAGCUGAUGAAGCUGGUGCAAGAUGUCUAUGCUUCUCUUGACGACAGUAUGUCAGUGUCUAUAAAGCGAAGCCACUACGAGGUUCUUGGCCUUUGUGCGGGUACACUCGGUCUUCUUUUGGUGCAAGCUCUUGACCAGCCUACUAGUUGCGCAAUCGAGCAGCCCGGAAUACCGGUUGUAGCUGAAAUUGGCGUAAGUUUCGUGGAUGUGGUGGUGAAGCUGCUUGAUUCACGCCAUCCCGUGGAUUUCAGAGCAUCGUUCUCGCGGGUCGUGCCAUCUAUAUCGUUGCUACUGCCCGAAUUGCUGAAAAAUACAGAAGAUACCACAAUUAGUGCGCUGUGCUCUGUCGUGUACGACCUUUACCAGGAGGUGGCGGAGUUCAGACCUCUGAACGCGACUGCCGUUGAUGCUGCAAUGCCUGAUCUCCAGAGUCAAAUUUUCCCACUGCCGUUGAUUAAGCGCGUCGCGUACGCAUUUCGAGUUCUUAUCGAGACAAGUCCGAAGCAUAGGAAACAUGGUUGGAUCAAGCCUGCCUUGCCGUUCGCUAUGUCUUCGAUCAAGGAAUGCUUCUCCGCGAUUCGAUUAGCUGGUGGGUUUGGUGGCAAGCGAGCUCGAAGCUCUGACAAUAGUACGAGCAACCACGACGCAUACAUGCUUGAUCUAUGCGGACGCAUUCAGGUGCACAUCGAGGUUAUGAGCGCAAUUGUCGGUGGAGACAAAGAUAGCCAACAACUCGCAAAGGAUGAGGGGCUUCUCAGUGCGAUUUUAUCGAACUGGACGAUAAUGAAAAUGGCUCACGCUCGCGGGUCUCAGUUGAUGCUGCAUGCGCUCUACCUUCUCGCAAACUAUAGCUAUGGAAACGAUACCGCCCGAAAAUCAAUGCUGACUUUGCUGCAGGCCGGAUCUGUAGAAGUCUCUGGUAGUGGAUGUGCUCAAACGCUGUUGUCACUUUUGUUCGGCCUCGCGACCUCCCGAGGGGAGAUGGCUCACCAAGUUGCACGUGGUGCCAAUACGUCGUCCGCGGGGAAUAUGGCAGUGAGUGACGCUGCAUGCCAAGUGCUGAUGACUGCUUUGCACAACACCGAGUGCGUUUUAGCAUCCCACAAGACCGGGUCACUAACAAAGCUGAUGGAUUCGCUUCGAGAUCGACUCGAGCAAGACCGAAAAACCAGCAAGACGAGUCUCGUCGAGACUAGGAAUCUUGCUAACAUGCUUGGAGUGCUCUGCAGCGUAGCUUCGAACGAGGAAGGGACUGGCAUGCUUUACUCCAUCGGUGCUUCUGUGCUCUCAUCAGUGCUGGAUGAUGUAAUGCAAUCAUCCGAUGAGAUGGUUCAGCGCAGUGGCUGUUUGUUCUUGAGAAAUCUUGCUCUCUCUCCAGCGUCCAAGAACCACUUUGCCAUGUGGGACAAGCUGCUGGAUAACAUGAUUGCUCGUUGUGUACGUGCGAGUUCUCCAGGUCGAGCCGAGUCGAUUAUUGUGGACUAUCUUUCCACUGCGCUCUGGUCGCUCGUGUACGACAAUCAGAAAGCUCGAGCAGUGUUGCUAUCGCGGCCAACGGCAGUACGAAGCUUGCAACAAGUUUUGGACUUCCAAAACGCAGCUUCACCGCGUACACUUUCACUCGACAUUGCUGAAAACCUCCGGCGCUUAUUGAAGCUUGUAAAGGGGUAG